AUGUUUGUCAGCACCGCUGUCACUGCCAUCGUGGCAGCCCUCGCCGUCGCCCCCGAGGUUUCGGCCGGCGGCCUCUCGCUCGCCAUUGGUGUCAACACCAACUGGGGUCUCAGCAACUUCAACGCUGCUCCCCCCGCCGUCAAGGCCCAGUGCCGCGGCGCCGGUUCGUUCUUCAUGGACCUCGCCGGCCAGACUGGCUGUGUCUCCCCCCAGACCGUCUCUACUCCCCCCGCCAACACCUGCCCCUUCUCCUGGGGCUGGCACGGUGGCCGCGGCUGCUGUGUCCCCAAGAAGGAGGUCUCGGUCUGCGACUGCGGUGAGGGCUACGGCUUCAACCGUGGCAGCCUCAAGUGCCGUCCCAACGUUUCGCCCUCGUGCGGUGGCAACCAGUGGUACCACCAGCGUUCGGGCUCGUGCUGUGACAACGGCUGGCAGUGGAACCCCCCCAAGGGCAACUGCCCCGUCGGCAUCUACUGCCCCUCCGGUUGGUUCUGGCACACUGGUCUCCUCCAGUGCCGUCCCACUUUCCCCCGUUGCGGUGAGCCCGACUGCGGCCCCGACUGGAUCCCCGGCCGCUCGUGCUGCUGCCGCGGCGGCAACUGUGGUCCCGGCCCUUCGCAGAAGACUCAGCCCAAGCCCCCUACCAACCCCUGGCGCUGGAAGAAGGACCAGCAGCCCAUCGCCGAGGGUGAGGUCGACUCUUCCAUCUACUGCCCCAACGACAUGACUGCCUGCACCGUCCCCACCGAGUCCGGCGCCUGGGCCUGGGAGUGCCUCGACACCCAGACCGAGCUCGAGUCGUGCGGUGGCUGUCUCUCGACCGGCGCCGGCAAGGACUGCACCUCGAUCGCCCACGCCGUCUCGGUCGGCUGUGAGCAGGGUGCUUGCGUCGUCCACUCGUGCAAGACUGGCUUCGCCGCCGUCAACGGCACCUCGUGCGAGCGUGUCUAA